AUGUUGGGGAACAAUAUUGGUGACAUGGUCAAAUGUUGGGAGGCUAUGAAUGACAACUUAAAGUUACAACUGAGAAAUAUUAGAGCUUCUUUUCAAAAGAGUUUUUAUGAAGUUGAGCACGCCCACGUCAGUCCAUUUUACAAUAAUUUACGUGGUUCAGUGUCUCGAGAUGCAUUGAGACGCAUUGCUGAAGAGUUAAAACGAGUUGAUUAA